AGUUGCUCCUACGACAUUUCCUUCCCACUCGCCUCGACAAAAAAGAACUUUUCCAACAAUCCCAGUUUUCCUCCCCCUCCUAACAUCAAACAAGCAAAAUCGGCAACACGACCAGACUUAAAACCCGAAAUGUCUCCUCCGUCUAGAAGAUUGCAGACCAAACCUGUGAUAACAUGUCUGAAGACCUUUCUGAUUUCUUACAGCCUUAUAUUCUGGUUCACAGGGGUGAUCCUGUUAGCAGUGGGGGUCUGGGGAAAGGUUAGUCUGGAGUCCUAUCUCCUGCUAGCCUCAGACAUGAGCACCAAUGCACCAUAUGUCCUUAUUGGCACCGGUGCAGUCAUCGUCAUCUUUGGCCUGUUCGGGUGUUUCGCCACCUGCCGUGGUAGUCCAUGGAUGCUGAAACUGUAUGCUAUGUUCCUGACUCUGGUGUUUUUGGCCGAACUUGUGGCAGGCAUUUCUGGCUUUGUUUUCAGACAUGAGAUCAAAGCAGUCCUUAAAGACGUAUACUGGAAUGCUGAAAAGAAUUACGACACUACAGAUGGCAGAAACCAAGCAGUGGAUUCCAUGCAGGGAUCUCUGAAGUGUUGUGGCGUGUACAACUACACCAGCUGGGAACAGACAGAGUACUUCAAGCAGCAUGGCAUACCGACAAGCUGCUGUAUGCCUUUGGCUAAUUGUACCGCUGAAAAUCUCAAAGAUCUCAACCUGGCUCGAACAGUGGUAUACAAACAGGGCUGCUUCUCACUGGUGACUACUGCAAUGGAGUCUAAUCUGGGGAUCAUUGCUGGGAUAUCUUUUGGAAUAGCAUUUUUCCAGCUUAUUGGUGUAUUCCUGGCCUGUUGCUUGUCACGCUACAUCACCAACAACCAGUAUGAAAUGGUUUAGGCAUUUCAGGGAGGAAACAUGACAUCACCUGUAAUAUACGACACAAAGGGAAGCCAUGUAGUUUUAGAUUUCUUUCAUUUUAGAAAAUCAUCCAGCUACCAUUUUUUAAGUUUUAGUCCAUGGCAACUAGAACGAAGGGAAAGGAUUUAAUUUGCUAUAUAGGGGAUCAUGUCUUUUCAGUUAUUCAUCUUGAUGCAAUUAUGUGCCUUUUGUAGUUUGUAAAUGAAAAUUAUAUAGGAUUUACAAAGAAGUGAAGCUUGUGCAGGUUUUUUAGCCAGUGUUAAACUUGUUAAAUUGAUGGCAUAUACAUUGACUGACUUGCCUUUGAUAGUUGGUCUUAAUAGGAUAAUUUUUUCCAGGUUAGUAAAUUACUAACAGUAGGUCACAUUUAUUUUGAGUGGAAACAAACUGGGGUUAUGAUGAUUUGAUGUCACAUUGUAUAUUCGAUCCUUGUUUCAUGUAAUAUUGCCUUACCUAACAAAUGUUGAACUUCAGACCCUUCUUUAUGGAUCAACAUUAAAUAAUGAAUUUGAGGUUUACUGACAUUAACACUGAUGUAUCUUACUGAGUCAGUGUAUUAUAAAUAUAUGUAUUGCUUUUGUUGAUUGAGUGGCUUAAUUAUAAUAAUGUGUUCAUUUAAUGCACAUUCCCUGCAACACACCAACUGAGGGCUCAUUUGCCCUGAUAGAGUGCUUACCGAAAGUAACUCCCAUUUUUUCCUUUUUGUGAAACACUGGCAUUUCCAAGUCCGCUGGAGUGACAUGUACCCGAUAUCUUGUAUGUCUAAGUUAACAUUUUAAAGCGUUGUAGUAUCUGUAUUGUUCUCUGACAUGAUAAUUCAGUGUUAAUAGCUUGCUUUGAGUUUUGUGAACAGCAUGUAUUAUACAUCAAAAUGAAUAAACAAGCGUAAGUUAA